AGACUAACCAAAGGAUAUGCUUUCUGAAUGUCACUGAUGAAGUUAUAAGAAGUUUGUUUUACAAUAAAAACAAUGACUCACUUAUCACAGUUUCAGUUUAUGCUUCGGACAAUUACAGUUCUUUGAAGUGUAGAAGCACGAGAAUUGAAUACAUAAGGAGGGGUAAACCUGAUGCUGGCUUUGGUCUUUUUGAAUCUGAGUCGCUGAAAUGGCCUGGCUUUGUAGAGUUUGAUGAUGUAAAUGGAAAAGUACUCACUUAUUCUGCACAGGAUAACAUAUAUAAAGUGUUUGACCUCAAAAAUUACACAAUGCUAUACUCCAUUUCGGAUAAAAAUGUUCAAGAGAUCAAGAUCAGUCCAGGGAUCAUGUUAUUGAUCUUUGCAAAGGCUAGUAGCCAUGUUCCUCUGAAGAUUCUAUCAAUUGAGGAUGGUACUGUC